ACCUCCACCUCCUCCACGGCGUGGCCCAUCACCACCUGCACCGACGCCCUGCCCUCCUCCCCGAAGUUCACCAGGACCAGGCUGGCGGACACCGGGUCCACGGAGAACCAUGGAGUCAUCCUCCGGUGCCUCUCAGUGCCCAGCUGCAUCAGCAAUGCUCCGUGGUAGGAGAACCGUGGAGGUGACAAGUGAGGUGUCCGGCCAUGACGGGGUCGCGCUGACGACGGGGGUUAAAGCGUCCAACGUGUGCAAAAGUGGACUUUUUGAUUUCUCACGAGCGACCGCUGUAGCACAAACGCAGACGGCGAGCACAAAGCCCGAGGCCGGUGCGCCGAAGGGGACUGUGCUUCAUCUUCCCCGCGUCUGCCUCCAGGUAGCAUGCAGGCGGCUGAGUGACGGGAGCCAGGCGGCCUCUCUCAAGGGCCAAUAUCCUCCGCCAUCACUCACAUUCGAAGGGACCGUACGUUGGGCGAGCGCUGACCCCAGGAGCAGCUUUUCAGUGCACGCCUCCAUCGCCGGAAAAGCUUCAGUCACAGCUGCUCAACAGCAUGGAGCACAAAGGUUGAACAGGAAGUCCAACAUCACCAGAGAGGGAAGCAAAAACCAGUAUUACAGAGACCUUUGCCUGCAGGUAGAAGAGAGGAAACAACUGAUGGAAAGGGAGAGAAGUAGAAAUGUUGUUGACGAGCAAAAGCACAAUGACACCAUGCAGCACGCCGUCUGGGGGAGGCCGGGAAGCGGCGCCCCGAACUACCACCUGGGCACGGCGAGGCGGACCAGAAUCCUGCACGCCGCCGAGAUCUUACCACAGGAGCAAAAGUGUAUUGGCCCGCCAAUGUUACAGGUGACAAAAACCCAGUGUUCCCAGAAGGGGAAAGGACAAAACGAAAGCUUUCCGUAACCAAUGAGGACUGUUUGGUGCAUCUCUGCGGUACUGAAGACGAGACGGUUGGAAAGCAGUGAGACUCGAGCCUCCUGCAGAUCUUCUUUGUAAGCGAAGCUCCAUUCUGACCUCCAAUCGUCUCGCAGCAGCUGAAACUCAAACCUCCGUCUGCGGGUUCUUAACAGUAGGAGCUGCUCGGACUCUAAACAAGUUGUGUUGUGAGUCCUGGUCCCGGGCCAGGACUCACAUUACAGCCUGCCUCUUUGUGGCCCGGCGCUACUGAAAGCCAUCUUUUGUUUCCAGAUCCGGAAAAAGGCUUCAGCGGGACCCCCCCCGCCCCCGCCCUCGCCCCAACGCCCCCUUCUACCGCCGGUGAAACGAGGUCCAUGACGUCCCCAAACUGAGACCCUCUGACUUCGGUCUUCCAGUGUUAGUUUUGUGUCCUGAUGGUGGCAAAAGAAAAGUGUCAAUAAACAAAAGCAGUGUUGAGUUGUAGUGGAUUUUAUAUACACGUGCACAUGUAGAUAAGAGAGGUUAUGUUUUAAAUUA